AUGAACAAUCAUGAAUUAAGUGGUUUAAAAAUUGAUACAUUUAUAUCGAGUAUUCCAAAAUGCGGGGGCUGUCAUGAAUUAAUAUUAGACAGAUUUAUAUUAAAAGUAUUGGAAAGGACUUGGCAUGCAAAAUGUUUGCAAUGUAGCGAAUGUGGUGCCCAACUCGCAGACAAAUGCUUUGCGAGGAAUGGACAACUCUACUGCAAGGAAGAUUUCUUUAAGCGGUACGGCACGAAGUGUUCCGGGUGCGAGUUGGGCAUCCCGCCUACGCAGGUCGUCCGGAGGGCGCAGGAGCAUGUCUAUCACCUGCAGUGCUUCUGCUGCGCCAUGUGCGCCAGACAGCUCAACACCGGGGACGAAUUCUACCUGAUGGAAGACAGAAAACUGGUCUGCAAGCCGGACUACGAGGCCGCGAAGGCCAAAGGUCUGUACUUAUUGGAUGGCAGUUUGGAUGGAGAUCAACCAAACAAGAGGCCCAGGACGACAAUUACGGCCAAACAGUUAGAGACCCUGAAAAAAGCGCCUAAUAAUAGCCAACCAGCCAGACAUGUAAGGGAGCAGCUUUCGCAAGACACCGGCCUGGACAUGCGGGUGGUGCAAGUCUGGUUCCAAAAUCGAAAAUCUAAAGAACUCAAGAUAUAA